AUGCCGAACCUCUCGCAAGCUCCUGCGGCGUCGCAGACGGCAGAGUUGCCCAUUGAGCGCACAAUCUCUUCCAUUCCGCGCGAAGAAGGGUCCAAAUGGGAGUACCCGUCCCCUCAGCAAUUUUACAACGCUCUUGUGCGUAAGGGAUGGGAGACACCCGAGGAGCACAUUGAGACGAUGGUGGAUAUUCAUAAUUUCCUGAAUGAGCAAGCCUGGUUGGAGGUGCUCAAGUGGGAGAGACUUGGCAGGGGCGAUUCAAUACCUCAACUUGCGCGCUUCCAGGGUAAGCCAGGAGAGGUAUCUCCAAAGGCACGGUUCUGGUUGUUUGCUGGAUGGCUGUUCCCGUCCAGGUUCAACAAUGAGCCCCCGUUCGAUCGCCAUGAUUGGGUUGUUCGCCGCCCCAGAACAGGUGAAGAAGUACGCUAUGUCAUCGACUACUACUCUGCACCACCAGAGCCAGACGGCUCGCCAGUAUUCUCGCUAGACGUGCGGCCCGCAGUCGACAGCUUCUCGAGCGUGAAGGAGCGAAUCGCCGUUGCAACGGAGGAAGCUUGGGCUAACUUCAAAGAGAACAACAACUCGACCGGGCCGGCGCGGUCUUAA